GGGCAAAAAAGGAUUUGGGGUCACACUGAGAAAUUUGGGGGGCACAGCAGAAACCAAGAUGCAAACAAUCCUUUGGAAUUGUUUUGGAAUUGUGGGGGGAGGCGGUUGUGGUUUUCUGCUGCUCAGGGGGGUCCUGGGGUGUUUUGGGGUGCUCAGGGCCUCCCUUGACUCUGCAGGAGGCCCCAUGGAGCAGGACGAGCCGGACGUGGUGGAGCUGCAGGACUCGGAUGAGGGGGACGUGGUCCGGAGGGUCUUCAUUGCCGAUGACGGCAUCGUGAGUGACGGCGAGGCCGAGGUGCUGCCGCACGAGAUCAUCCGCACGGUGAUCCCGCACAGCCCCCUGCGCCCCCCGCCGCCCCGCGGGACCCCUGGCCCGGCCCCGGGGGACUCCGAGGAGGGCGGGGGGCGGCGGGGCGGGGGCCGCCAGCGCCCCUUCAUCUGCAACGAGUGCGGCAAGAGCUUCAGCCACUGGUCCAAGCUGCUGCGGCACCAGCGCACGCACACGGGCGAGCGGCCCAGCACCUGCGGCGAGUGCGGCAAGAGUUUCUCGCAGAACUCGCACCUGGUGCAGCACCGCCGCACCCACACCGGAGAGAAGCCGUACAGGUGCGGCCACUGCGGCAAGAGCUUCUCCUGGAGCUCCAACCUCAUCCAGCACCAGCGCAUUCACACCGGGGAGCGCCCGUAUGGCUGUGCCGAGUGCGGCAAGAGCUUCACGCAGAGCAAGAACCUCAUCAAGCACCAGCGCACCCACGCCGGGUCCGGGGCAGCGCGGCCGCGGCGCUGCGCCCACCCCGCCGGUGCCCCGAGGGCUCUGAAGGGGCCUCGGCCAGGGGGCGAGGGCGAGGGGCCUGCAGGGGCCGAGGGCGGCUGCGGGCAGGAGCCGCUGAUCUGCGUGGAGUGUGGGGAGAGCUUCGCCCGGAGCGCCGCGCUCAGGAGGCACCGCCGGGGGCACCGCCCGCUCUUCGUGCCCUGAGGGGACAUUGCGGGGACAGUGCCCGCUCUUUGUGCCCUGAGGGAACAUGGGGACGCUGUGGAGGGGGCACAGGGACAUUGGGGCACUGUCCUUGCACUGCUAGUGGCGCCACCCGCUCUUCGUGCCCUGAGGGAACAUGGGGACACUGUGGAGGGGGCACAGGGACAGUGGGGCACUGUCCUCGCACUGCUGGGGGCACCGCCCACUCUUUGUGCCCUGAGGGGCACGGGGACAGUGGCACCGGGACAUGGGGACACACGGAUAGUUGGGGCAUCAUCCGCUUUUCAUGCCCUGAGGGGACACCCUGGUGGGGACACAAGGACUGUUGGAUAAUGCUCUGGCAGAGCCUGUUGUCGGAGACCAGUGGGGACACACAGACAGU